UUCCACUUUGACUAGACUCUCUCUCUCUGUCUCUCUCUGGAAAACAAAGCCUUCAGUCAUUGCUGUGCGGCCUGCAGUUUUCGAUCUGAGUUUCAAGUUGAAGAAUUGAGCAGCUUAAAGUGCUUAUUUUUCCCUGUUUGUAGAAUUGGUAUUGGUGAAGGAACAACCGUGGCGGUAUUUCUGGGAGAGAAACAGUAUGCGGUGGUUUCUGAGUCUUUCUAUUGAUGUGUAUCGGAAAGUUAUCUCAUUGAACCUGUAUUGUAAAGUGAUCCUGUAAAUUUCCUUCACUAGCAUCGAUUCUUAAGCUUUUUCGUCUUGUCACUUGUCUAUUCUCGAUGGGAUCCACUUUCUUCGUCGUCGUUCCCUGUUACGUUCGCCAGAUUAGCUGAAUAGUAGCAAAUCUUCCUUUUUCUCUCUGCUUCCUUUCUCUUUUUUGUUUCCUUGGUGAAAAGCCUGAUUACCUUUUUUAAUUUCUUGGCCGUGCUUGUCCCUCCAGUUACUUGUAUUAGGUUUCCCUUUGUCGACAAUUAAUCUAGUUUUCUGUUGUUCAAUUGAUAUUGUCCUGCUCCACGGAUUUCAAGUACUUUGUUUGUUGUUCUCCGGAAUCUCUGUUAUCAAUUAAUUGAAGGGCUGGGAAGUAGUUAUGGUGUGCCAAGCAGCGAGCCAAACAAAUUUUCGGGCAUUGAAACACGAAAAUGGGAUUGCUGGGUGUGCCACCAUUAUAGUUAGAGUUAUAGCAUGCUUUCAACCUCUCCAGGAUUGCCAGGCUGAAUAUUUCCGUCAUUUGCUUAAACCUGUAACGUAGAUUUACUUUUCCACUUUCGUUUUCAAGCUAAGCUGGAUUGUUUUAUUUUUUUCGUUAUUACUGAACGAAGAAGCAAGUGAACAGUCACUUCUACUACUACAGAAAUCCUUUUUCUGGUGAUUGUUUUGGUUGAAUGGGAGAAGAUUGGGGACCUUUGUUUCCUCAGCAGCAAUUUAAUUGGCAAUCACCCAAUACGAAUUACUUGGGUGCCUCAUUUUCCUCUGGGCAGCAAAAUAAUCCUCCUUUGCUAAUGGACCCUAAUGUUAACAUGAUUUCUACAAAUGGUCUGCCUGAAUAUCCAUUUGCUGAGCUUCUGCGCUCGCAGGUUGGUCAGGAAAAUGAACCGCGUGGGUGGUUUUAUGGUUUGCCCCGCUUCCGACAGGCCUUCAUGCCUCCUUUUCAUUCUGUUCUUAAAGAGAAAAGGCCUCGUUUGGACACUGUUCUCAAAGAGAAAUUUCCCAUUGCCCCUCGUGAAAUUAAGGACAUCGUGCCUCAAUCAGACUCUGGUCGCGCUCAGAAAAGAUUCCUUGUUUUUGACCAGUCAGGCGAUCAAACAACUUUGAUCUUUAGUUCUGGAAUUGGGACUCCAGCCCAGUGCUUGAAGUCUUGGAUCCCAAAACCGACCAUUGCUUUUGAUUUGAACAAGGAAGUGACCGGGGCUAAAGAAAAUCAAAGUUUUCAUUUAGGGCCAAUCUCAACUGAUGAAUUUGUUGAAGAUGAUGGGAUCGAAAUGCAAACUGAUGUGCACGAGGACAUUGAAGAACUGAAUGCCUUGCUUUACUCAGAUGAUGAUAGUGACUACACAGAGGAUGAAGAAGUUACUAGCACGGGUCAUUCCCCUAAUACAAUGACAGCUCACGACAAGCGAGAUUGGUUUGAUGGAAGCACAGAAGAGGUUGCGAGUUCUGAUGGUUCAAAUAAAAAGAGAAAACUGUUUGAUGGAGGUUAUAUUGAUGGUCCAUCACUCAUGGAUACUGCCAGGUCUGUAAAACCCACUAGAGAUUUUGAGUACGAGGAUGAUGCAGAAUCGAGGUGUGACAAUGGCACGAAUUUGAUGUCAGAGGAAAUGGGUUCAGAAUCAGUAAACAAGAGGAUGAGAAAAGAGAGAAUUCGUGAGACAGUGAGCAUUCUACAGAACCUGAUUCCAGGUGGAAAGGGCAAGGAUGCAGUUAUCGUUCUUGAAGAAGCUAUUAAGUACUUGAAGUCGUUGAAGUUCGAGGCCAAAGCUUUAGGACUUGAUGCUCCAUGAGUAUCGGUAUUGUUGGCAGUAAUGCUGGGCAUUACUGCCAGGUGCUAUCAGUUCUGUUAUUAAUUUGUUAUUACUAGUGGUGUGUGCAGAAUUAAGUCAGGUAAAAAAUGAUGUCGGCGUUGAUUUGAACAUGACAAACAUCUCCCAGCUAAAGAGGUGGAAACUGGCAGAGGAAGGAAAGAUUUGCAGUACUUCUCUUGCGUUCAAUGUUCAUUGUUCAACGUUCAAUCAUUCGAGUUGCAAAUCAGCAAGCUUCGGACCAUGAGAAUAUUCCUGUGGUCUCAAGAAAGAGGAAUGGAAGUGCAGCGUAAUAUGUCUCAAUAAAGGAGAGGGUGAAUCAUUAAUCUGUGUAUUAGGGUUAGAGAGCAUCUCUCCUGUGUGAAUGGGAAGACUAGUUCUAGAGGGGGUCCCCCAGAAAGAGAGGAUGUACGCACGCUUCUUGGGCGUCUUGGGACCCAUCUCUCACUUUCUUCCCUUUUUGUAUUUUUAUCAAAGUUUCAUGUUUUGCCGGGUUAUCUUUUUAUGAUGUGUAACGUGCACGAGUGAGGGCAACUUCAUGUAGUGGCACCAUUUCACCUAUCCUUCCAAGUAUUGUUUUUCUCAGUGUCUGCUGUUGUCUGUAAUGGUAUUGUAAUUUGAAUGUGAAAAUCCAUGACUGUUCAGUCUUUUUAGACAA